UGGGAAAUUGGAAACAAAAGAGUUUUCAGCCCAGGAAAUUAUUAAAGCAAUAAUUUUUCGGCAACGAGAUUUUGAAGACGGUCCGGGUCCAGGAGACCAAGAAAAAAAUUUUAUUAACGAGUUUUCUAAAAUUGGUGGAUUAGAAAUUAAAGAAAUGGGAGUGGAAAAGAAAAAAGUUGGGACUUUUCGUCAGCAACUAGAAAAGUUUUUAAAAGAAAUGGAAGUAAAACCUAGUUUCCCCACCGGAAUUGAUUUUAAAGUGAGUUUUUUAGAUUAUUUAAAGGAAGACAAGGAGUUUUAUGCAGUUUUAGGAAAAGGCUGUCCGUCGCAAUUUUACUUAAAUUAUGAAGAUUACCAAAAGACUAUUUUUUACCAAAUAGGGGAGAUUAUUUUUGCUGAUGUUUCUCCAUGGAGAAGAAAAGAUAAGUUGACUGAAUUAGCCAAAAAAUAUAGUUUAGAACCCUUUUCCGUCUGCUUAGCCAAAUUAAAAGAAGUUAAAGAAAAGUCUCCGGCAGCAGUUUCCUUUCGGUAUAUGAUUGAAGCCAUUAAAGCCUUUUUGGAGGGAGAAAAAUAUGGUGAGUUCCAAGCCAAAAAGGAAAAGUUAGAAGAAAGAAACAAAAUUGAGCGUAAAAAUCAAGACCAAGCCAAGGAAAAAAAAGAAAUAGUUGAAAAAUUAAAAGGCAAAAAGAAUAUUCCAGUUAACGAGACUAACAUUAAAAAAUAUCAAAAACUCCAAUUAAAGAAACUAACGAUGGAGGAAUUUGCCUUUAUUGUAACCAAGAAAUUGACGAUUGAAGAAUGUAACAAUAAGAAAGGAGAAAACUUGCCAUUCCAUUUUUUUCAAAAAAAUAAACCAGAGUCGGUUUUUAAGAAAGAGUGGCAAGAUUUUAAAAAUCGAGAACAAUUAAGAAGUUUAACUCCAUACCACCAUGCGAUUGAUGCCAUAGUUUUGGCUCAUUUCAAAUCUCGGGCUUAUAUCCAAUUAUUAGAGGACUUGACGAAAAUUAGCCAGGGCAAAUUAAAAUUGAAAAGAGGAAAAAUUACCUCCGAACAAUUAAAUUCUCUUUUUCAGGAAAUAAGUGCCACGAAAGAAGUCGACAUCUCGUCGUUCUUUCCUCUUCCUGACCUCCAUGACAUUAUUGAGCGGAGAAUUCCGGUUCAAUUAGAAAAAAAGUCCGAAAAGGAGGUUAAGGAAAUAGUUAUCGCGGUUGAAAAAGUUUUAACCGAAGAAGAGUAUGCAGAAAGAGUUAAAGGCAUGCAGGGCAACAUUCAUUAUCCAUACAUUUCUUAUGCCGUGGAUCGGAAAGUGAAAAAGGAGACUGUGGCUUCAGAGCAAGCGGGCAGAA